AUGCGGAGUCUCUCAUGCUCGCGGGCUUGUCAUGACGCGGACGCAAGUUCGCUGUGCUGCGGCUCUCGCCACCAGCGCCGCCGCUGUCCGGCUGGGUUGCUGCAGCGCGCGGGCCGCCGCCCUCCUGAGUAUGCCGCUCUGGAGGCCGCGGUUGGCGCGAUCAACAAGGUCCUUGCCAUCAACAGCAAGAUCCGCGGUGGCGGCAGCGGAAGCGCAGACGGCAGCGCGAGCGGCAGCAGCGCCCGGGGCAACAGCGACGCCAGCAGCGCGCGCGAGGCUGCAAGGGGGGCACGCGAAGAGGCGGCAGCGCUGGCGCGCUCCGACCCCGGCAAGUUGGUGACCCUCAAGGCGCGGGCGUCAGGGUCCAAGGACGUGACGGAACACUUUCCACCCAUCGCCGCCACCAGCGGCGCGGCCACAGCAGCGCCAGCUGCAGCCGAGGCGGCGACCAGCGCCACGCCAACCGUCGGGCAGACGCCAAUGCCGUGGCCCACACCAGCGCGGCGUGAUCUGCGCUCCUACCUGGGCCUGCCUCUGGAGCAGUACUCCCUGCUUGACCCGCGCUACAUCUCACGCCUGCCGUCCUGCGACGGGGACGAUGCUGGUGGCGCCCAGGGCGGCAGCAGCAGUGACGAGUGUGCUGCGCAGAGUGGCGAGUCGGGGGACAAGGCGUCCAGCAGCGGUGGCGGCGCUGCGGCCCCGCCCGUGUCGGGGUCGUUCCUGCUGACGGUCCCGUUGGCGGACAUCGUGGGGCUGGAGCUGACGCCGCAGCUGGUGAUCGACGUGGACGUGGACGAGAGGCUCGGGGCGCUGGGCGCGGUGUAA